GACGACCAUGAUGCUAUCAAAUAUAAAGAAAACACUCAAUAAUGAUAUAGAAAUUCCUCUUUUACAACUUGGCACUUGGGAAUUAGGUGACAGGACAGCCGAUGCAGUUUAUGAAGCUCUCAAGAGUGGAUAUAGAGGUAUAGAUUGUGCAUCAAUCUACUUCAACGAAAAAGAAGUUGGAAAAGGUAUACAACGCUUUUUGAAUGAGACAAGCACACCAAGAUCUGACAUAUUUGUCUUGUCAAAGCUCUACAACAACUCUCAUAGAAGAGAGGACGUAGAGAAGGCGCUUGAUGUCACACUAUCUGAUUUACAACUCGACUACCUUGAUGGUUAUAUCAUUCAUUGGCCAGCUGCCUUUAAGCAAUCGCCAGACAAUCGCGCACAUAUUCCUCAAGACGAAGAUGGUGUUAUCAUUAACGAUGACGUACCGUACAGAGAAACUUACGAGGCAAUGGAAGACCUCCUUGAGACAAAGAAGGUGCGCUCAAUCGGUGUAUCCAACUUGACUGUAGAUCAGCUCAAAGAUGUUCUUUCGUAUGCACGUGUUAAACCAGCCAUUUUACAGGUCGAAAUUCAUCCGCGUUUACCACAAAACAACUUGGUUGAGUUUGCGCAAUCAUACAAUAUUACAGUGGAGGGUUAUUCUCCAUUCGGUAAUGCUAAUGUUCUAUACAAGCAAGAAGAACAAUUGCUUGAGGAUGCAGUACUUAAAAAAAUUGCAGUAAAGCAUAACGUAACUCCCUCCUCUAUUAUUACCAGCUGGGUGAUCAGUAGAGGAAUAGUGACACUUCCCCGCUCAUCGAAUGUCGAGCACAUCGUCGCAAACCAGCAACAAGUAAAGUUAGACAGCGAAGAUUUUGCCAAAAUCAGUGCCUUAGCUAACAAUACUCGUUACUGCGAUUUAUCCGAGCUGUGCGGUGUGAUUUUCUUUGCAGACGAAAAAUCACCUUCGCAAAUAGAAUAUCAAAGUAAAGAAAGCGUCAGAGAACGCGUCAAAAAGGCAAAGACAGCAUAAAAUUUUUCAUUACUCCAACCAUAAUGUUGAGCGCCAAUGGAUAAUUCAUUUCUAAUUUCAC